AAGAAAGAAAAGGAAAAUAUAUAGAGGGGAGACUGCAUCUUCCAACUGUGCUCACAUCAGCAUCUCUAAGACACAUCCCUGCGGCAGAGCCAUUCACCGAUGGAGAGAGAGAAGGAGAAAGAUCAGAAAGAAGAAUAAACAGAAUUAUGAGAUGAGGAAGAGAAGAAUUGAUAAGGCAGCUGGGACAAAGAAAAGGAUAGACACAGAAAGGAGAGACAGGAUGUGAGAGAAAAGGACAUAGGGAAAUAUAACACAAGGGACUGAUACAAAUUGCUGGCUGGUGUGUGCAGUGUUUAAAUAGAAGAGAGGGAUAGUGAGAAGCAGAGAGAAGGAGGGAGGGAGCUGAAUGCAGUGGUGAUGUGAGGAGGGGUGUCAGCAGAGAGACGUAUGUGAGUAGAAUAAGGCACUAAGAUAAGAGGGUACCAGAUACACAAGCAGGGGAGUGCGAAUGGACCAUUGCUGACUGGUUGUUCUCUGCAUAGCAAGGCCAGAAAAAGGAAAGUCAGUAAAAAAACAGGAAGAGGGAAACAGGAGGUGUAUAAAAGAGCACAGGUGGGUUAAAAAGAAAGAGAGGGCAAUAAUGUGAUAAGGGAUGCAAAUUAAUGGCUUAGUAUCAAGGAAACCAGAAACAGCAAUAAAGAGGAUGGAAUGAAAUAAAAUACAUACAGAAGAAGAAAAGAGAAAACACAGACAAAGAGAUAAUGGGUGAGAGAGAGAGAGAGCGAUAAUAUCGGGAGGUUAAAAAAAGAGGGAAGAAAAGUACGUGCCAUAGAAAUAAGAGGUAGAAGGGAAAAGAAUUGAAGCAUAGGAAAUAGACAGAGGGAGCUAGAGAGGGAGAGAGCGAUGGUUAAGCCUGCAGACAGACAGAGGUGAUGUAAAUACCUGGAGGGGGGAGCAAGGGAGCGAAGAAAGAGGAAGGAAAGAGAGAGCACAAGCUCCUGCUGCAGAAUGAUGGGGAACUCACCGCACAAACAGAGAAGCAAGAAGCAUCACAGAAUGCAGCCGGCAACAGCUGCCUCUUCUGUGGACCAUUCCAAGUUGAGCAACUGGCAGCAGCAGCCUGUAAAUGUGUUCCUGUCUUCUAAACGACCUCCCUGUGUAGAAGAGCUUCAUCAGGAAGCUGAACUCAACCUGCAGAGUCUUCUUCAAGCUGACUGUUUUGCAGAGGAAUUUGAAGAUCGUUAUUUAGAUACUAAAGUCACAGGACAGACAUUUCGCUAUUCUGCUCUUUCACAAUCUGCAACGCUUACUCCAGAAACUCCCACAAGAAGUACCCCCAAGCGCCUUGAAUUUGUCUACCUGCCUGCCAAUCGGAGAGUGAGUGAAGAUGAAACUACCACAGUAGGGGUGAGACCUCGGGAGACGUGUUUGAGUCUACCUACUACUCCAGAUAAGCAAGUUGCCUGGAUUAAAGCUUUCCCUUUUCCUAUACCCGAAGAGAGACGGUGGCACCAGUCUAACUCCAUACAGACCAACAUUGUUCCCAUAAAUGUAUCCGGAGAACUUUUUGAUAAGCACGCCACCUCCCACCACUCCUUGUUCAACACAGAGACCGCAGUAAACCCCAAAACCACUCUCAGGCGUAGAAGAACAAUAAUUGGUUUCUCCCAUCACCAAAAUCAAGAUCAAGAAGAGCGCCGGACAUCAGCAGCUUCUGAUUCAGCCACCAAAAAGACCACAUCAGGUAAUGUCAAUGGCAUGACAAGCAGUGAACCACCUCCUGUUCCACCAGAUUCUCCCCCUGCUAAGUCAGAAUCAUCACAUGGGAGGCACCCAGGAGGCAGAGCAGCUACACCUCAUCCUCAGCAACUGCCACUAAGAAAGACGUUCAGUGAUCUUGGUCACAUAUUGCAAUCACCAAACAGUAUGGACAGUACAAGUGUAAUGUAUUCUAGCCCUCCAUGUAAUGGGGCCAAGGACGCUGCUGCUACCACCUGGCAGGGAAGUUCUUUCAACUAUAUGACCCCAUCUAGCCCAGUAAAAAACCAGCAGGCCCAUGCCAGUGAACAUACAAAAGGUUCCACCUUGACCAUGGCAUUCCCUGGAGUUUGUAAAGGUGGAGGCUCUUUGAAAAUAGCAAAAGACAAUAUGGCGAGGAGCAAUGGAGGGAACGCCUGUUCUAGUGCAACACUCCCACCAUCACAUGUUGAACAUUCAAAGGGAGAGAAGUCUAAAACUGUUUUCUGCCCUAGUCAACCUGGAUCAAGUCACACAAGUAGCUCAUCAACCUUACCAACACCUUCCAGUGAGUGCACAUUCCGAGAAAGAUCACUUUCAAUGCCAACGGAUUCUGGUUCCAUGUCCUCAGUGGACAUCACCUACACAGAGAACAGAAGAGGAAGUGGGGAUUAUGCCCUAAACUAUCCCAGUGGGAGUUCUGAGGAAAGCACAAGCACAGAAAAUGUUUCUGCUGGAGCUGAUCAAGAAAAUCAGGAGAGGAGGAGAUCACGAAGCAUUUCCUUGAGAAAGCCAAAGAAAAAACCUUCUCCUCCUGCACGCAGUGUUUCCUUAAUAAAAGACACAUCUACUCAGAAACUGCAGCCGGUAGCCACCAUGCCUAAGGAUCAAAGGCCUAAAAGCCUCUGCAUUGCAUUUGAUAGUCAAGGACAUAGUUAUAUUCAAACAUCAAUGCAGGGUAACGCGACUAUGCCAACAUCAAAAAGCAUGCUUUUUACUCAGAACUGGAAUUUUAAUGAUUGCAAAUCUAACAACUUGCACAGGACAUUGUCUGGCUCCAGUACAGCAACAGGUACUACUGUGAUAGAGUGCAAAAAGGUGCAGGGAAGCUCAGAGUCAUUAACAUCUCUGUCCAAUUCAAGGGCCACAACUCCCUCCCAAGUUUCUAUUGAGACAGAUUCAAAGCUGUCAUCACCUGGUAAACCUCAAUGUUUGAUGUCCCCAUCUAGUGGCUACUCCAGCCAGUCUGAGACUCCAACUGCAAUUCCAUCCUCAUUCAUUUUAGGGCACUCUCCUUACCAGAGCAAUAAGGUAAGGCCUAUGGUGCCUGAAAGAAAAUCGUCUCUUCCAGCUGUUUCACCAAUUGAUAGAAGUCCUAAUAUUUGUCAGUCUUUUGAUUUACCACUAAUCCCACCAGCUCAUCUGGAUCUUACUGGCAUAAGAAAGUCUUCAAAGAAUAAGAUGAGGACUAGUAGGAACCAUUUUGAGUCAACUUUCAGCACUAAAAGUCAGAGUCAGAAAACAAGUCCAGUGCAGCCCAUAAUGCCAAUGGUCACUCAGUCAGACCUAAGGUCAAUUCGUCUUAGAUCUAUUAGCAAGUCAGAGACAGAAGACAACUUGGAUAUUGUAGAUCACAUUGAUGAAUUGACAGAUGAAGCUUUCCCAUUGCCAGAAAAAAAGACAAAGCCACCAGUAGCAGAAAAACCCCCAAUGUCUAGAAGACCAAACAGCCUUUCUUACAGAUCUUCUGCAAACAUGCCAGAGUCCCCUGUAGUGUCACCAACUUCACCUGGAAAAUAUUUUCGAGACCAAGUAUCUCCUCAGGAUGCCUACAUGGUUAUUGGGACUAUCCGGCACAAGAAAACUUAUGAUAAUGAAAUUCGUGUGGAGACGCCACCGUCAUUAGACUCAUCUCCACCUUCAGAGAGUUACUUUCACACAGUGUCAUCAGAGGUUCUAAGCUUCUCACAGAGCAGUGCUGAUGAAGAUGAGCCUUCCAGAGGAAAGCAAUUUCCAGAAAAAAUGAUGCUUCAAAACUUGAUGUAUAUAGAUAAAAAGAGAGUAAAGGUCCCACCACCUAUUCCAAAAAAGCCCAGUGUGUUGCAUCUGCCAGUUGCCAGUCCACCACCACCAAGCCAAAUGAUGUCAUCUUCAUCUGAACAACGGUUAUCCCCAAUUGUCACUAUGGGUUCUGGGGCCAGCUCAUUUCCCGAUAUUAUUGAGUUUCAGAAAUAUAGUGCUGAAGAAUUCAUUCAUGCUGCCAAACCAGAUCUUGUAUCUGUUGAUAACUUUCAAGGAUAUCACACAGAUGUAGGAGGAGAGAACAAAUGUGUAUCAAGCAAGACAGCAGACUCCAUCAUUGAAGAUGAUGAUGAGGUGUUUGUGAGUUCAAGGACCACAGAAGACCUAUUUACAGUCAUUCACAGAUCUAAAAGGAAGUUAUUGGGCUGGAAAGACUCUGGAGACUCCUUUGGUAGCAGACAAAGCUCAGUGUCACCAGUUAAAAAUUCAUCAAGCUCCACAAAUAGUGACUUUACAAGUGGAACCAUGAGCAUUAGCCGGACUACCAGCAAAAAUGAAGACUUUAAAGCUCUUCUCCAAAGGAAGGGCAGCAAGAGCAGCUUGGGGUCCCGCCCAUCAGCUGCAGAACUUUUAAAGACCACCAAUCCAUUGGCACGGAGAGUGAUGACUGAGUUUGCCCCAGAAAUUGAGAAAAGUGGCAGCACAAAAACUUUGCCUUGAAGAUCAAGUUUUUUUCAGUAGUUUUAAGAGAAAAAAAUUGAGUUUAAUAUUACACAUAAAAAAUCUUUGCUAAAGCUGUAUUUCAAUGAAUCAUCAGGCAAUGACACACCAUAUCUAAGCAUCAGUCAUUGCAAUCUGCAUGAAAUGGGAAACACUCUCUUUUCUCAACUGGACAUUUUAAGAAAUAAUUUCUUUGAAGAACUUGUUCAUAUGUUAAAUAAUCUUCAUCUUCUGUUAAAGUAACCUAGAAUGUUCUGAAAGUGCUGGCUUGAAAUCAUGCUGUGCCAAACUUAGCCUGGUAUCCUAAGUGUAGUAAUAAUGUGACAUUUACCACAUCUUUUUCCUGGAAUGUACAGGAGAUACUGCAUGUACCCCAGAAACCGUUUCUCAAUUACUACGAACUUUGCAUUUUGUAGUAUACAGUAUAUUUAAUUUUAUAUUCCUGUUUUCCCAGCCAAGUAGGGAGAAUUGAGAAAAGCUUCAGCUCCAGCCUUGGAAUAUUCUUUCUGUACCAGUCUAAGUGGCAGAGUAAUCCUUUAGCUUAAAAUGCAACCUGCUUAACAUGAACGUGCCACCAGUGAUAUUCACAUAGACCAAAUGUAUGUGAACAUUUUCAAUUUGUUUGAAUUACCGAUACUUGAUAUAAGGCUACGUGAUUGGUGUAUAACGUAUUAUACCUAAAAACAUUACAGAUCUUGUAAAUUAUAAGGAAUCUUGUUGGACCCUAAUAAGACUUAAACAGAAGAAGGCAGUUUGCACUUUGUAACAAGCGCUAGUUCUCUUCUCUCAUGGGAUAGGACCUUGUACAUAUGUAUUUAUAUGCCCUAGAAUAAGAAAAAUAACAUUUCAAUUUUACUUGCCCUGUAAAUGUUAGAACAAGACAUUUCUAAAUGGGUCAGCUUCUAUUCUAGGUUUAGUGACCUUGUAACCUAACACAAUCAUGUACUGGCAAAUACUAGCAAACUUUAAUAAUUGUCACAAUUUCUCCAACAUUUAACAUCAUUUUAGAGUAAUCAUUUCAUUUAUUUACUUUCACAGUUUGUACAACUGUUAUCUUGGUGAUCUACAUGUGCCAGCUACUUCUGUAAUAUUACCUCUCAUAAAGGUGUAUUUCAGUGCAUAUACUCACUUAGGGUAUGACUUAAAUAUGAGUUGUGACUGGAGUGUGUACAAUACAACCUUAAAAAGCCUUUACAGAGCUAUCUACCACAAUGGCAGUAUGUAUAUUACAUCAUCUGUGAAUUGACAAUCAAGAGUUUAAGGUAAAGUUCUGGUGACCUUGUAAUCAUAAGUUAGUACAUGUAGUGCAUAUAAGUAGGACGUCAUGUUCAUUCAAGUGACCCAUGCACAACACAUACUGUAUGAAUUAUAUAGUAAUCAAUUGUGAGGAAACAACACAGACUGUUUGCAAUCCCUCUACUGAUAGAUGCCAAUUAGGUGUGAAUUCACAUGUACAAAUGGAAUCCCUGAAAUGGAACCCAUAUACUGUAGUUCUGCUAGUUUUGGGAAGGAGGAGAUGUUAGUUUAAUACUCAUUUAUGGGUAGAAUUUGGCCUUGACAGAGAGGCUGACAUCAGAUAUACUGUACCUCCUAGCAAAUUCUUUUGAAGCAAUGGCCUUACAUUACUGCACAGUAGUUUAAUGGCACUUUGUUGUCCAUUGAAAGGAAUGGCAGCCACCUACCAAAUAUCUUUGAUGUUAAGUUAAAUCAUAAGAACCUUACUAAUAACACCACGACUCCGCUGUAAAAAUGAACACUGUACACAUAGCUGUGGAUUAAAGACCAUCCUAUCAUACUAACGUUUGUGUCAAUCCACAUCCUUGUACAGUAAUGUAUCUUAUAAAUAUAUAUACAUUAUAAAUAUACAUAUAUAUAUAUAUAUAUAUAUAUAUACAUAUAUGUAUAUAUAUAUAUAUAUAUAUAUCUGGAUGAUGUAGCUUUGACAUGCUAAUUUGAAUUUAUAUUGUAAACAUCGGAGCUUUGUGCUAUGAUGAUGGUUUCUAUCUGCUGUUUUUGUCAUUGUUUUUCCAUCACGGUCAGUAGUCCCCAGCCUUGUAAGGAAUGAACCUUUUCUUUGCAAGGGUCAGUUCCAUAUUCCAGGACUGCUUCUCAAUAUUUGAUGAUGACCAGAACGUGUGUAUAACUUCAAAUGUAUUGACCCAUAUUGCCUUUUAUUUUGCAUCCAGGUAAUAAAAAUGUACUGGUUUACUAAAAAUA